AUGGCGACCUCGUCCAAGCUCAGGGCCCUCAUCCUGAACCCUAAUAGCUCAGGAGCCAUGACGGAGGGGAUGAAGGCGGCCGUCUCCAACAUGACGCUCCACGAGACAUUCAGCAUUUUCACAUAUACAGCCCCCAGCUCAGCUCCAAGCAGCAUCAACAACACUGAGGGAAUACACGCCAGCACCGAAGCUGUACUCAAAGACAUUCAGUCCGGUACCCUGAACCUCAAUAGUUACGAUGCUAUUCUAGUGGCAUGCUUCAGCGUCCAUCCCCUUGUGUCGAAGCUCUCUUCAAUCACCACUGCUACCGUAACCGGUAUUUUUGAAGCUAGCAUACUCACAUCGCUUUCCGUCAUUGUAACAGGCGGAAAUGAGACAUGGGGUAUUGUCACGACAGGGCCCUUCUGGGAAAAACAUCUAAAUGACGGCGUCAACACAUUUUUGGGACAGGCGGCUGGGCAGACGAAUGACCGAUUUGCCGGGACCUUUUCCAGCGGAUUGACAGCAGGCGAUUUCCACACGGUGUCGCCAGAGCAAGUCAACGUCAGGCUCAAAGCGGCCACCGUUCGUCUGCUGAAAUCCUCCAACAUUCGCUGUGUCGUCAUGGGCUGCGGUGGUAUGGCAGGGCUGGAGAGAAUUAUUCGAGACGCUGCACUCGAAGUAUACGGGCAGGAGCGCGGCCAAUCCGUCUACGUCGUUGACGGUGUACGGGCUGGUCUGCUGCAGCUGUACCAAACAAUACUGAGUAGGCGCAUGUUUGCAUAA